CGCUAGUAAGCGCUUGCGCUGAAGCUACUUUUGCACUGCAUAGUUGUUUGAACUCCGAAAUGUGCAUGCGGCAAAGCCAUGCAUCUUUGUUGCAGGCCGUAGGCGUCGUACCCUAGAACCGUAGAACGUCAGGAACAAAACUACCAGCAUGUCUGUCUCGGACGUCAACCAAGAUUUUGGGCCAGAAACAUCAAUGCCACGUCUACCAGAUGAACCCAAAUCUCUUCCGUCCAAGUACUUCUUGGGGCAUACCGUUUCAUUAACAUGUGUAGCUCUUUUUCCGGAUAGCAAAAUGAUUGUUACUGGGUCCUAUGACCGUAGGAUUCGCCUUUGGGAUGUAGGAAGUGGUCAAGCAUCAGGGGAACCCCUUCGAGGACACAAGGUUACGGUCAGUGCGGUUGCCGUUUCGCCCAAUGGGACGAUGUUCGUGAGCGGAGGCGGGGACGGCAGGAUUUUGAUAUGGAACGCAACGACGCGUAAUUUGGCAACAGCACCCAUUCAAGCACACUCGAACAGGAUCAACUCCAUUUCCUUCUCUCCCGACAGUGCUACCAUCGCCUCCAUAGCAGGCACAAUAAUCAAGAUAUGGGAUGUGGGCACCGCGAAGCUGAUCAUGGAUAUCAAGUCCAUAACCCACGAACGCCAAGUUGCGUUCUCUCCUGAAGGUAGCAGAAUUGCUUCUGUAUCCCACAUAGCUCCAGAUCACCAAAUGUUGCGAAUUUGGGAUGUGAAGACGGGAAAACCAGCAGCAGUCAGCCCUAUCGCUGGCCAUACGGGUGGGCUGUUGUCUGUGGCAUGGUUCCCCAAUGGACAGCGUCUGGUCACUGCAUCGCUCGAUAGAACGAUCCGCGUCUGGAUCUCGGAGACUGGUUGUCAAGAAGGACAUUCACUUGGUGGCGAUGCGGCCUGGAUGGCUGACUACGUCGCUGUCUCUUCUGACGGGAAGCUCAUUGCUGCUCUUUGCGGAGAUCACUCUAUACGACUUUGGAAUGCUAUUACCCUUGAUCAGAUUCAACUCGUGCUCCAGCAUGCUGAACCAGUGCUCUGCAUGGCUAUUUCAGCUAAUAUCCGUUUUAUCGUUGGUGGCUGUGGCGACAAUAAAGUGUGUCUAUGGGACAUCGACAGUAUCACGCAGCAUAAACACAACUCAAGGCCAUUGUCGACUUUUGGGCCGGAGAACCAAGAAGACUCGGCACCCGACUCGUCACUACCGGAUCACUCUCCAAUGAACCUCAUGUACCCAGAGGUACAGACCAGCCCUGAACAAACUGUGUCGCAGGCUGUAAUCACAUCCCAUGGACCACUCCCUCUGGAGCCUCCUACGACAGCCAAGGAAGAUACAGAUCCUGUAGCUUCUCCCCCGGAACACAGCCAUUUCCGAAAGUGGUGGAGACAGGCCCUCAAUUUCUGGAAUGCUGGAAAGCAUUUGUCGUCUCAAGUGAAUAUUUACCUUUUUGAGACCAAACACGAUAUUGACAGAUUGUAUAUUUAGCACAGAAUUGCUGAAAUCGAGCCGUGCUCCGACGAGAUGAAAAAUAUAAGUACGAACCAAGGUCAAAGUCCCGCUCAGGAUAUUCUGGACGAGUUCAAUCGCU